GGGAGAGCCCGCUGGCGCGAGAGGGCUCGGAUCGCCUCUGCAGGGUCGCCACGCGGGGACUGCAGGGGCGCUUCCCCACGGAGGCGUGCCAUGAGGCCAGCCGCCCGAGGGGAGGCGUGCCCCCUCAGUCGAAGUCGUCAUUCUGUGUGGCUCUUCGUCCGCCGAGGCGAGCGGCUCCUCGAGGACUCCGCCGAGGACACGAGCAGCGUGGGUGCCAGCAGCUGCGAGGAGGUGUCCUCCAACGAUGACACCGAGGAGUGCGAGGCGUUCCAGGCCCUCGGCGAUCUGGAGGAUCUCAAGAGGAAGUUCGAGCAUGGCGCCAGGCUGGAGGGCCCAAGCUGGGAGGCCCUCUCGGUUCUGAAGGCGAAGUGGUCGGCCCUCAGCUCUCCUAGCGAGGGGAACCCGGAUACACUGUUCCAGAUGCUUCGGGUGUUGGGCCCUGAGGCCGCAAGGCUGAUGAGGGCCUUGAGUGUGCGCAUUCAUGACUCGGGCAUGAUCAAGGGCAGGUCAAUCCAAUGGGUUUCGCAUCGGGCGCAGAUUCGCAUCGCGCACGGUCGUUUAGAUCCAGAAGAUUGGGAGGAAGAGGGCGAUGGUUGCAGACGGAACACAUGGUCGAAGGAGAAAUGGAUGCAGACUGGGCCUCUGUUGGAAGCGAUCGCACCUAGGUAUGACAAGAAGGGGGUGAUCCAGCGGGACAAGAUAACAUGGCGAGGGGGAUUACCUGGUUGCCAACGUUAUACGAAGGUGAAGGUAGACGUACAUUGGAGCGGCAUGCGUCUGACCGACGACGCGGAAACGUUCCUGAAGAUGUGCAAUUGCGUGAGCGAGGUCUCUCAAGCUAGCCGCGUGUUCGAGACUCCCCUUGGCGCGGCGCUUGUUCACCUGGCCAAACUCAAUUCCUGGCACGUCGUCUUCGUCGAGCGUAUCUUCGACUUCACGACUGUGGUGGACAUAUGUAUUAUCCACAGGAUGAGCUUCUUCACCCGGCUUUGCCCUUACACGAGCUGCUUGGAGACGCCGCACGCCAGAGGCAUACAGGUGUUCAACAUCAUCAACAUUUCCCAUCGUUUGAUUGAACUCUGGACUUGUUGGAAAGUAUUCGGCACAUUCAGACCAGUUCUGACACCGUACUGCUUAUUCAAUUGGCUCGUAGAGCUUGUGAUCUCUCUGUUGCCCCUAAGAAUCAUGUGGGAAGACUUGAAUGGUAACUCCCCCGCGGUGCUUUUGUGCGAGAUCCCCGUCGGCUUUGCGUUUGUGACGCUUGCGAAGUGGGUCCAGUUCUCGCUCAAGAUCAUGACGACGGACAUUUUCGUUGACCAAAUUAUCCACGGCGCAUCGCGGCACCACGUCCGGACAGGCUGGGGUUUCACGGAGCAGCCGGAAUUAUUUGUCUCCAAUUGGAUCCAGGAGAUGGCGCCACGUGGCACAAAUCAGCGACUCCCUUUGGGUCUUUGAGCGUUUUCACGUGUUCAUUGUUUCGAUGCAACGGUCAGUGGAUGCCCCAGUGGAGCAACGCGGAGGACAGAUUCGACACAUGGUUGGAAGUUGUCAAUCGCCUGAAAGCCACCAACGGCGGGCUCUUCGUGGAGGGCUGGAACCAUGCCUGCGACAAGCGGGACGGGAAGGGCCACGGCAAGGGGACCUACAACUCCCGCGGCUACGACGACUAUAGCCGGGUCUUCAUCCCUUCACGCGGUGCUGGGCCACGAAUCCCUCUCGUUCAUAUUCUCGCUGAUCUUGCUCAGCGUGGGUCCAAUACUCGCCUACAUGAGCCUUCCCGUCCAAAUCGGAUGGUCAGAGUUGCGUGACGAGGGAUAUUUUGCCCCAUACAAAAAAGCAAUGACCCAGAUCCUGCCGAUGAUUUUGCUCGGCGAUGUUGAUCAAGACCAUUUGGCUGGUUACACGCAGCGCGUCAAUUCCACUGAUGGCUCUAUCCAGACCGUCCGUGAUAAUGAGCACCUCAAGGAAAACAUGCCCACCUUCAUGAUUGUGUCUUGCUUCAUUUUCUCCGUCAUCCUUUUAAAUUUAUCGCGGAUACAUAGGAAUACUCAGCAAUGCGUACGACAAGGCGGUUGAGAAUCUUACUCAGCUGAAAGGUCGGCACAUCAUUGUGACGAAUUUGGGUCACCUCCUGUUCAGGCAUUGGUUCCUACGCGGCUGGAUCCCCCGCGGGAUUUUCAGAAACACCCGCAGUUUUUCUGUUGGCGAUCCGUCUGACCAUGGUCUGUAUGAUAUUGGUGGUUUGUGGUUCUCCGUGCCACAUCCAAAGACCUACAGAUUGUAGCGAAGUGCAUGCCCAACUUGAGCGGAGGGAUUGCUGAUUAGUAUCGGCCUCGCCCCUGCUGCAUGUCUGGAGGCCGUCGUCGAAUCCGCGGCGCGAAAA